UCCACCAAACCCAAUCUUUGUAAAACUAUGAAACAGCUGUUCUGUUCUGAUUCGUACUUGCUUCAUCAACCUUUUUGUAAUCAAAAGCUAAAUCGUAUAAUCACAAAUCCCUCAGAAACUGUUCGUUUUUUGUUAUCGUUUACGCGUUUUUAAUCGCUAAUCAGUUAUAUAAAAAAUCGACGAAAGGUUUGACGAAUCGUCGUCGUCGUAAAUCCCCACCGGGUCAAUCGACUCGUUUACUUUUCUACGGUCUUCUCUCCUCAAAGAGUCUCUCUCUCUCUCUCUGAUAUUUCCGCAGCAAUAAUGGUAUAGAUAGAGAUACAGAAGCAGACAAAUUAUUGCUGCUUGAAAUUCUCUUGUCUGAUUAAAAUAUAUAUACCCAAGUCCAGAAGCUGUUUAGGUUCGAGAAGCAGAGAGGGUUCGAGAAGCUAAUAAGGGUUUCUUCUUUUUGAUUUUAAUGCUAAAAGGGUUCUAGAUUCGUUGAAUUUUACAAGGGUUUUAGGGGUUCUUAGAAGCUUUUGCUUGAUUGUCUUUUAUUUAGAAACAGUGGUGAGUUUUUAGUCUUUCACUUUGUUCAAGUUCGAAGCUUUUUUUGGAGGGAAUUUUGGGCUUCUGAUUUUGAUCGAAACUUACUGAUAGUAAGUUCUUUGAGUCCUCCUUAACUGUAGUUUCUGUGUACUGAAGUUAUUGAAUUGAAAGUUUUUAUCUUUUUUGGUUAUUGAAACUUUCAUAGUUUGAUCAAAAGAGUCUCUUGCUCUGUUUUUGGCUCUGUUUUUGUGAGUGUGAUUGUAAGCUUUGUUGUGAGUAGAUUGAAUCAAGGAGUGUGAGAGUUGUUAAAAGUGUUUUCAGAGAUGGAUGAGAAUAAUCAUGGAGUUUCAUCAAGCUCACUUCCACCUUUCCUCACCAAAACAUAUGAGAUGGUUGAUGAUUCUUCAUCCGAUUCUAUCGUCUCUUGGAGUCAGAGCAAUAAGAGUUUCAUCGUUUGGAAUCCGCCGGAGUUUUCUAGAGAUCUUCUUCCGAGAUUCUUCAAGCACAAUAACUUCUCUAGCUUUAUCCGCCAGCUUAACACAUAUGGUUUUAGAAAAGCUGAUCCUGAGCAAUGGGAAUUUGCGAAUGAUGAUUUUGUGAGAGGUCAACCUCAUCUUAUGAAGAACAUUCAUAGACGCAAACCAGUUCAUAGCCACUCUUUACCGAAUCUUCAAGCUCAGUUAAACCCGUUGACGGAUUCAGAACGAGUGAGAAUGAAUAAUCAGAUUGAGAGAUUGACAAAAGAGAAAGAAGGAUUGCUUGAAGAGUUACAUAAACAAGACGAGGAACGAGAAGUGUUUGAGAUGCAAGUGAAAGAACUUAAAGAACGAUUACAACACAUGGAGAAGCGUCAGAAAACAAUGGUUUCGUUUGUUUCUCAAGUAUUGGAAAAGCCAGGGCUUGCUUUGAACCUAUCGCCGUGUGUUCCCGAAACAAACGAGAGGAAAAGAAGGUUCCCUAGGAUCGAGUUCUUUCCCGAUGAACCGAUGUUGGAAGAGAACAAAACUUGUGUUGUUGUGAGAGAGGAAGGUUCUACAAGCCCUUCUUCACACACAAGAGAGCAUCAAGUGGAACAGUUAGAGUCAUCGAUAGCGAUUUGGGAGAAUCUUGUAUCGGAUUCUUGUGAGAGUAUGUUACAAUCAAGAAGUAUGAUGACACUUGAUGUGGAUGAAUCAUCUACUUUUCCAGAGAGCCCUCCUCUUUCUUGCAUACAGUUAAGUGUCGAUUCACGUCUCAAAUCUCCUCCUUCUCCAAGGAUCAUCGAUAUGAACUGUGAGCCCGAUGGUUCGAAAGAACAGAACACUGUUGCUGCUCCUCCUCCUCCUCCAGUAGCAGGAGCGAAUGAUGGCUUCUGGCAGCAGUUUUUCUCAGAGAAUCCUGGCUCAACCGAGCAACGGGAAGUUCAAUUAGAGAGGAAAGACGAUAAAGAUAAAGCCGGAGUACGUACUGAGAAAUGUUGGUGGAAUUCGAGAAAUGUUAAUGCAAUUACAGAACAGCUUGGACAUCUGACUUCUUCAGAGAGAAGUUGAUAUGUCAAAGAUUAAAUUUCUAGUCUGUUUUAGUUACUUGUAAAAUAGGGUUUCUCAGUUUUAUUGUUUUCGAUUACAGUACUUAGGUAUGGUUCAGCUGUUUAUUUAUCACUUGUAUGAUCUUUCACAGUUCAUUGUAGCAGACUUCAAUGGUAAUGAUAAGCUAGAGCUUAUGGAUAGUAUUCAUAAAAUGAGAUUGACCUUCAACAAAAUCAUAAUUUCCAAAGUCCUAUAUGAUGUUGUAGACUUUUAUCAGUAUACCAUUCAAUAAUUUAUGAAGAACACGUCGG